AUCUGAGUUUUUGAGAAGAAGAAGAAGAAGAUGGAAGACUAUCCAGAAGAAAUACGUAGUUCGCCGGUGAGUCUGGUCUCCGUCAUCGGACGACCGGAGCUCCACGCCUCCAUCUCCACACACCUCCACUUUCUCGACCCUGCGUUCAACACUUUAGCCUUGCCAUACCUCUCCAAGGUCUCUCUCCUCUUACCUCCCCCAAAGCCCAGCCCCUCCGACUCUCCUCCCGCCGGAAUCAUAAAGCGUGAUUGGCCUCUCAAGCACCACACCAAAGUCCUUACCGUCGUUGCCGCCCUCAUCUCCUCGGAUAGCGUCUCCGGCGACCCAGCCCAGUGGCUCGAGCUCUGCUCCGAACUCAACAAUCUCAAGGGGCUCAUCUGCACCCGCAUCACCAAAUUGGUUAUCGUCGUCGUCCACUCCAGCUCACUGAUGAAUUCUCAGCGGAUCAAAUGGUUGCGGUUCGAAAACGAGCUAAAGUAGAUGCCUAGUAUCUUGUCACAUUUUGCACAGAUGAAGAGUCUCAGAUUAAGCAAUCUCUGUUUAGGUACAAUAUUGGGAAGUGUAUUUGCUGAGCUAGCCGGCACGUAUUACAGAGAUGAAGGAAGGAGGAUUAAAGCUCGCACUGAGAGGAAGAGUUCUAGUCCUACUGACUUGAACAUUCGAUAUUCCUUCAAAGUGAGUUUCCAGCAUUUCGCUGAAUUGAUUUCAAGGUUUUUUAUUUCAGAGUAUUUGUAAUGUGUGUUUGUAAUGUUCAUGUUGUGUAUCAAUUUGGUGAGUUUUUUUUAAGGUUGCUGUAUUUGC